AUGGACACCUCAGGCACUAUCCUACCCAGCUUACAACAGUGGCUCGACAGCAGACCCAUCCUCCCCGCACGGAAGCGGUGCCUGAGAGAACAGGUGCCAGUGACUUCUUAUCUUAGACAGCAUCAGUCACUUAACGAUGUCCCUUUCGACUUAUCCCAUGUUUCAGGACUUGCAGCUGAAGUACGCAGUGAGCCAGAUACUGUUCUCUAUCUCGGGUAUGCCUCCAACCUCAGCGCAGAAACCUUUCGCGGCAGGAGGAAUAUAAAACCGAUAUCGCAGGUCAAUGUCGUUGCCCCCGCACUCUCUUUGACCUUCGAUCUGCCUGGACUUCCCUAUACUGAACCAUGCUUUGGCAAUGUUCGCUAUCGAAACUCGCCUACAGCGGAAUGUCACAACCCCCCCUCCCCUUCGCAACACUACCACAAGGACAGCUGGCGGAAAGGGUUAGUCGGGGUGGUGUACGAAGUUACAAAGGAGGAUUAUGCACACAUCAUUGCGACUGAAGGAGGCGGGUCCGGAUAUCAAGAUGUCCUUGUGGACUGCUUUGCUUUGAGUGGGGACCCAGCCAAAGAUGUACCCUCGAUGCCGUCUGGGCAGCCUUUCAAGGCUCAUACGCUUUUUGCUCCUGCAACCAUGUCAAGACCAGACCGGUCAUACGCUCAGCCCAGUCCCAGAUACCUCAGGUUGAUCACAGAUGGCGCGGCGGAACAUGGGUUACCGUUGGAGUACCAGGCUUUCCUACACCAGAUUCGUCCGUACCGCGCGACGACCACAAAGCAGAAGCUAGGGGGGUACAUCUUCCUGUCAGUGUGGUCGCCCUUCUUUCUCUUCCUAUUCGGAGGCGCACAGAUAUUUCUCGGGCCUGAUGGGAGGUAUCCAAAAUGGUUAAUCACGUUUCUUGCGGCGAUGUUCACCGCUUGCUGGGCGAGUUAUGAUGGAUUCUUCAAGCCCAUGUUUGGGGACGGAGAGCGAACCGUUGGCGACAUUGAAGAUCUUGGGCGUGGCAUCUUGAUAGAUGAGAAAGUGCCAUUGUUUGAGCGGGAGCAGAAUAGGUAUGGCUCUGCGAACGUGGUGGAGGCUAUGGCCUGA